AUGUUCUAUAGAACCGAAAAAACUAAACUGCUUCAGUUAUUAUGUCUAAUUACAACCGUGCUUGCAACGAUAUUUCUUUGGGGGCAAAUGUUACGAUUUGAAGAUGGUAAAACAUUCAUUGGUAGUGUUGCGUCUUGUUCUCAGACCAUCGGAUCAUUAGCCUAUCUUUUCCUGAUUCAUCGGGCAAUAAAACAGAAAGUAAUAGAUUUUAUACCAUUUGGAUCAGUGGCACUCGCAUGGGUUCUGGGAGUGCAUACUGUCAUCUAUAGCAUUGGGAUCAGAAACAUCCAUUUACUGAUAGCGAAUGGAACAUUCAUGGUAUUGGAUGGUUUGCUUCUGUUGAUGUUUUUCAUAUAUCCUACUAAAGCGCCGAAGACAAAGCUAAAUAAUUCCUUCCCAUCAACAUCCAUAUAA